AUGAAGACUUUACGGCAUGUGAAAAGCUUCUUUUCAGGGGAGCGAGCCGCCGACUCCUCGCCGCCUUUAUUCCUCACAUUUCGCUCCUGUACUACACUGAUCGUUGCUACGGUGUGCAUCGCGAUUUUCAACGAUAUCUUGCUUUACGGUAUCAUCGUGCCAGUGAUCCCAUACUCUCUGGCCGAACGAGUCGCGAUUGAGCAACAUGAGGUCCAAAAGUGGAAUACGAUUCUGGGAGCAUGCUUCACCGCCUCGCUAUGCAUCGGAAGUCUCGUGCUUGGAUCCUAUGCCGACCGCGGAUUGUCGAGGAGAUGGACAAUGCUCCUGGGACUCUUCGCUCUCUUGGGUUCCACGCUGCUCCUUUGCCUAGGGCGCGUCAUAUCACUGCUCGUUCUUGGCCGCAUCUUGCAGGGCCUCAGCGCUGCUGUCGUGUGGAGCGCAGGGCUGGCAUUGAUGUCUGACACGAUGGGAGACCAAAUUGGCGUUGCAAUGGGCUAUGCCUCGAUGGCUAUGACUAUAGGCUCUCUGAUAUCGCCCACGAUCGGUGGGGCGGUGUAUAGCAGAGCUGGAUAUUACGCUGUCUACUACGUUGGCUUUGGGGCCAUCCUUUUCGACACAGUCUUGAGGCUGGUACUUAUAGAGAAGAAAGUCGCCAGACAGUGGGUCGACGGAGAUCACAACAAUCUUGAACUAGUCGCGACGCAGAGAAGCUCGAUAGUACGCGAUGGUCUGACUGGCGUUGCUGUUAGCGCUCAAGCUACCAAAUGCUACGAAGACACAGAAUCAGCGCCGGUGGAAGCAUUGGGUGGCGUUACGGUCAAACAUCCCAAGCUUCGUAUUCUCAAGUCACACCGACUACUGGCUGCCAACUUCGGCGUCUUGGUACAAGCGGGAGCAGUUUUCAUGGGAGACACAGUCGUACAGGUCUUUGUCAUGAAGACUUUCCACUGGGAUUCGCUGGGAGCGGGCCUAAUUCUUUUCUGCAUCUGCAUCCCAGGCCUUGUGGCACCUGCUGUGGGAUGGCUGGUCGACCGUUACGGUGCCAAAUGGCCUUCUAUGCUUGGUUUUAUGGCCUCGGUGCCGCCAAUGGUCUGUUUGCGGCUUGUCAAUAAUGAUACUACCCACGACAAGAUGCUGUUUGGAGCCCUGCUGACGAUGCUUGGGCUGACAUACACCUUCGCAGCCACUCCACUCAUGGCUGAGAUUGGCUACGUCAUCAGGGCCGAGGAAAGUAAAAGCCCCGGUGCUUUUGGGCCCAAUGGGUUCUACGGCUUUGGUUACGGACUGUUUACUUUCUCCUUCGCUUUAGGCGGUACGAUAGGAUCUUUUGCUUCAGGCUAUCUAGUCAAUCACCACUUUUGGGUGGAACACUAUGACGGGUGUUUUUGCAGGCUGGUUGGGCCUUUGCGGAAUUGUGAUAGCAGUUUGGGUUAA